UGGGAGCUAAAGAGAAUUAAAGAGACCAGUCCAACAAAAUGCAGUUGACAGCACCCUACAGCCUCUACACUCUGCUCCUAGUGCAAUGCAUUCUAGCUGCUUGCAUCCAGGCAGCAGCAUUACCAGCAGCAUUGCCAGCAACAUUGCCAGCAACAGCUGACACAGAGAGACUGUUGCAACAGCUAAGCGAGAUGGAGGACUCUCCUCCACAGGAGCACAGAAGUCGAUCAGAGCGAGGAGCUGUUCUUCCUGAUCAUAAUUAUGCCCAAACUGUGAUAGAUCGUCGAGAAUUUUGGAGAUACCAAGAUUGUCAACAAAAGUUCAAUUGUGGUAAAAUAUCUUGGCAGCAUUGUACAGACCAGCCUGCAAAAGUUUCCAGCUUGGAUGCAUUUAGGGUAAACUCUGACAACACUGCAGUCUGUGAAAUGGAUUUUCAAGUAUUUGUAGGAAAUACAGGGACUGUUACAGGUUUGGACAUUGCAUUGUACCUACGAGCCGAUCGACUAAACCCAAACUUCAAUCACUACCUCUUCUUCUUACAAAAAAACGGCACAAACCCUUACUUAAUAAUGAGUACAGUGGUUAAACCAGGCACCUGCAAUAACGGGUGGCUAGUAUUGAGACAACAUGAAACAGCUACUGCAGUGACUUUGAAACAAGGCAUAAACAGCAUCACCAUAUUUGUAGCAUUGCACGUAGACGCCGGCUACCAAGCAUGUUCUGAAAUAAAGAAAGUAUUCUAUAUGGAUAAAAACGAAGAAGAUUAUUUUAGUGAUUUUGAACAGGAACAAGUGGAUCAAGUAUCAACGUCAACAAAGGCUCCAAGCACUACAGAAACUGUUUCCACUACUGACACUACAGAAAAUACUGCCACUACACAGACUGUUUCCACUGCAGAAAAUAUCGUAACUACUGAAACUGUUACCACUGUCGAAUAUAUACCAAGUACAGAAACUACUGAAACUGUUUCCACUGCAGAAAAUGCUGCCACUACACAGACUGUAUCCACUGCAGAAAAUAUCGUAACUACUGAAACUGUUACCACUGCAGAAAAUGUACCAAGUACCGAAACUGCUACUACUACAGAAACUGUACCUACUAUGGGUGGUGUUGAAGAGACCACUCUAGACUCUACUACACCAACCCCCACUUCAUCAAUGGAAGAUCGGUUCCUUCCAAUAUUCACACUGUUCAUUGAUGAAGAUGUAGUACUAUAACCAUUAUAUCACAUCUCAUAAUUAUUACCUCAGUUGUUUGUUUGUGCGACAGUAACCACAUCAGGUUGAAAUGUGCAAUAAUUAUUCCCUAGAAUUUUAAUCAAAAA